AUGUCAGCUGGCCUGGCUGGCUGUGAUAACGAAAGACAAGAAGACAGCGGCAGGCCCGGGUGUGGCUGCGUCCCGAUGGCGGAAGGGUGGUGGUGGUGGUCGGGAAGAGUGUUGGCGCAGGUUCGUGGCAGUCGCAGGUUGGAAAACACGCAGGCCAACGUUGGACGUGGGAAUCACAGAUCAAUCAGGCCGAUAGUGGAGCAGGUCGGCUCUGACUCCACUCCUGCGUCACUCGGCAGCCUGGGACAGAUGGAAGACUGCGACGAGCGAAAAUGCGCGCGUCGCGCACCGAGCAGCUUGACAAGCGGUUUGCAGGCGUGUCAAGCUGCAGCGAGACCAGACGAGAGCUGUGCAGCGCUACCGACGGGGACGGUGGCGGAAGGAUCCGGCAAGGGCGGUGGCGCGGGAAGUGAAGGGACGUCAACGUUGAAGACGAGGGAACAACUUACAGGCCGGUAA